ACCAUUCCUAGAAACCCUUUCACAAUCCUACCUGUCCUGUGUAACCAAGAGACAUGAUGCCCACGACAGACCCCCACCUCAACUGCUGACCCGAGCUUCCUGCACCCAUUUACCGAGUGGCCACGGAUCCCAGGCAAGAUGAGCAGGAAGCUGGCGGCCAAGGCCAAGAAUACCAGAAUGACUAUGAGCAGCGGGACACUGAAGCCAGCGGCAUGCCGCGGCUGGGGGUAAAAAGGCAGUACGCCGUUCCACAAAGUCAUCUUGCUUGUAGGUCCAGCGCUUCACGCCUGCAAGUGGGCAGGAGAGCUAGGGCCACCAGGACGAGUAGGAGGGUCAGGUCUGAGCUCCUCGCUCCCGGUCUAAGGAAGUACAAAGGAAGGCUGUCUUGAAGCGUUCGUGGACUAGCCAGCGAGCGGAAUUAUUUCCGACAGGCAAGUUAUUUUCCUGGCUCUGCAAUGUUCGCUCUGUGCUUGGAAGUCGAGCAGGACCUAGGCCCCUUUUAUAGGGACGUGGGCAGGAUGCAGUGUAGGUGUUCCAGCCAGACAGUAGGGUCCAGAGCAGAGCGGGAAGAAUUCAUGAAAAUGAGGGGCGGAGGUCCUUAUGCAAAUGAUGCGAGCCCCGCCUCUACAACUGGCGGGCAAGCUCCAGGUCCAGAUACUCACACCUUUCACUGGUCUGUCCUGAGCUGACACCCGUGCAGAGGUGAGACUGAGGACUCAGAAGAAGGGUGAAGAGCACAGCGGGAAAGGCUGAAGAUCGGGAAAGCUGGGGGAAUGGACUGAAGACUGGAAGCAGAGUGGAGAAAUAAAGAUUCCAAGGGAAAGAAAACGUCUACACCCGACGGGGAUCCUAAACUAGAGGCUGCAGAGGCAGUAUGCUCCAAGCAAGACCAGAGGUACUGGUGCUCCUAGGAGCUCUGCUGACUGGACCCCUGGAUCCAGCCGGCGGCCAGGACGCACACUCACUGCCCUGGGAAGUGCAGCGCUUUGAUGGUUGGUUCAACAAUCUGAGGCACCACCAGCGUGGCGCUGCUGGGUCGAGGCUGCAGCGCCUAGUACCAGCCAAUUACGCUGACGGCGUAUAUCAGGCUCUGGAAGAGCCGCUGUUGCCCAACCCGCGCCGGCUAAGCGACGCAGCCACACAGGGCAGAGCCGGCCUGGCCUCGCUCCGCAACCGCACGGUGCUGGGGGUCUUCUUUGGUUACCAUGUGCUGUCAGACCUGGUGAGUGUGGAAACGCCCGGCUGUCCUGCCGAAUUCCUCAAUAUCCACAUCCCACCCGGAGACCCAGUGUUCGACCCCGACCAGCGCGGGGACGUGGUGCUACCCUACCAGAGGAGCCGCUGGGACCCGGAGACCGGACAGAGCCCCAGCAACCCCCGGGACCUGACCAACCAGGUGACGGGCUGGCUGGACGGCAGCGCCAUCUAUGGCUCCUCUCACUCCUGGAGCGACGCUCUGCGGAGCUUCUCUGGAGGACAGCUGGCGUCGGGGCGCGACCCCGCCUUCCCCCGGGACUCGCAGGACCCGCUGCUCAUGUGGACCGCGCCAGACCCCGCUACCGGGCAGCGCGGACCCCAGGGACUGUACGCCUUCGGGGCCGAGCGAGGGAACCGAGAGCCCUUCCUGCAGGCGCUGGGCCUGCUCUGGUUCCGCUACCACAAUCUGUGCGCGCAGAGGCUGGCGCGGGAGCACCCGCACUGGGGGGACGAGGAGCUGUUCCAGCACGCGCGCAAGAAGGUCAUCGCCACCUACCAGAACAUCGCUCUGUAUGAGUGGCUGCCCAGUUUCCUGCAGAAAACGCCCCCGGAGUAUGCAGGAUACAGUCCUUUCACGGACCCCAGCAUCUCUCCGGAGUUCGUGGUGGCCUCUGAGCAGUUCUUCUCCACCAUGGUGCCCCCUGGUGUUUACAUGAGAAAUUCCAGUUGUCAUUUCCGGAAGGUCCUGAACAGUGAUUCUGGCAGCUCUCCAGCUCUCAGGGUCUGCAACAGCUACUGGACUCGUGAGAACCCCAACCUGAACAGUGUCCAGGAGGUGAAUCAGCUGCUGCUGGGAAUGGCAUCCCAGAUUUCAGAGCUGGAGGACAGGAUAGUAGUUGAAGACCUAAGGGAUUAUUGGCCUGGCCCUGGCAAAUUCUCCCGAACAGACUAUGUGGCCAGCAGCAUCCAACGUGGCCGUGACAUGGGGAUGCCCAGCUAUACUCAGGCCCUUUUGGCCUUGGGAUUGGAGGUCCCAAAGAAUUGGAGUGAUCUCAACCCCAAUGUGGACCCUCAGGUACUGGAGGCCACAGCUGCCCUGUACAACCAGGACCUGUCUCGACUAGAGCUACUCCUAGGUGGGCUCCUAGAGAGUCAUGGGGACCCUGGACCUCUGUUCAGUAACAUCGUUCUCAACCAGUUUGUGCGGCUACGGGACGGUGACCGCUACUGGUUUGAGAACACUAGGAAUGGAUUGUUCUCCAAGGAGGAGAUUGAAGACAUCAGAAACACCACCCUGAGGGAUGUGCUGGUAGCUGUCACCAAUGUGGACCCCAGUGUCCUGCAACCCAAUGUCUUUGUCUGGCAUAAAGGGUCACCUUGCCCACAGCCCCAGCAGCUCACAACUGAGGGCUUACCCCACUGUGCACCCCUUACUGUGUUUGACUACUUCAAGGGCAGUGGUCCUGGUUAUGGUCUCAUCAUCGUGGCUCUCUGCUGCUUUCCAUUAGUGAGUUUGGUUAUCUCUGGGAUGGUGGCUCAUUUCCGGAACCAAGAGCGCAAGAAUCUACAAAAGAAAGGCAAAGAGAAUGUGGAGAUGGAAGCAGUUCAAGAUGGAGUAACAGCAAUGGAGUGGCCAGGCCCCAAGGAGAAGAGCUGUCCCAUCACCAUCCAGCUGCUUCCAGACAGGUGCCUGCAGGUCCUGAACAGACGUCUCACUGUGCUGCGCACCAUCCAGCUGAAGCCCCCACAGCAGGUCAAUCUCAUCCUGUCCAGCAACCAUGGGUGCCGCACUCUGCUGCUCAAGAUCCCCAAGGAGUAUGACCUGGUGCUGCUGUUUACCUCUGAAGAGGAGCGAGGUGCCUUUGUGCAGCAACUGCAGAACCUCUGUGUGUACUGGGCUCUGGGCCUCCAUGUGACUGAGAUGGGUGAGAGGGAGCUAUUCAGGAAGGCUGUGACCAAGCAGCAGCGUGGAUAUAUCCUGGAAAUAUUCUUCAGACACCUUUUUGCUCAGGUGCUGGACAUCAACCAGGCAGAUGCAGGGACCCUGCCCCUGGACUCAUCCCAGAAGGUGCAGGAGGCCCUGGCCUGUGAGCUGAGCAGGGCUGAAUUUGCCGAGUCCCUGGGCCUCAAGCCCCAAGAUAUGUUUGUGGAGUCCAUGUUCUCGUUGGCUGACAAGGAUGGCAAUGGCUACCUGUCCUUCCGGGAGUUCCUGGACAUCCUAGUGAUCUUCAUGAAAGGCUCCCCGGAAGAUAAAUCCCACCUGAUGUUCACCAUGUAUGAUCUGGACGGGAAUGGCUUUCUCUCCAAGGAUGAAUUCUUCACCAUGAUGCGGUCCUUCAUUGAGAUCUCCAACAACUGCCUGUCCAAGGCACAGCUGGCGGAGGUGGUAGAGUCCAUGUUUCGGGAGUCAGGUUUUCAGGACAAGGAGGAGCUGACAUGGGAAGACUUUCACUUCAUGCUUCGGGAUCAUGACAAUGAGCUCCGCUUCACACAGCUCUGCGUCAAAGGUGGAGGUGGAGGUGUUGGAGACAUCUUUAAACAAAACAUCAGCUGUAGGGUCUCAUUCAUCACUCGUACUCCUGGGGAACGCUCCUGUCCCCGAGAACCAGGGCUCCCUGCUUCAGAAACCCCAGAGUUGGGAGGCUCUGGGCUAAAGAAGAGGUUUGGCAAAAAGGUGGCGGGGCCCUCUCCCCGGCUGUACACAGAGGCACUACAGGAGAAGAUGCCACGAAGCCUCGUGGCCCAAAAGUUGCAGCAGUUCAAGCGCUUUGUGGAAAACUAUCGGCGCCAUAUUGUGUGCAUCACAGUCUUCUCAGCCAUUUGUGUGGGCCUGUUUGCAGAGCGUGCCUAUUACUAUGCCUUUGCCUCACCACCCACGGACAUUGAAGAGACCACUUACGUGGGCAUCAUCCUGUCGCGGGGCACGGCAGCCAGCAUCUCCUUCAUGUACUCCUACAUCCUGCUCACCAUGUGCCGCAACCUCAUCACCUUCCUGCGGGAGACCUUCCUUAACCGCUACGUGCCCUUUGAUGCUGCUGUGGACUUCCAUCGCUGGAUUGCCAUGGGUGCUGUUAUCCUGGCCAUUUUGCACAGUGCUGGCCAUGCAGUCAAUAUCUACAUCUUCUCAAUCAGCCCUCUCAGCCUGAUGGCCUGUGUAUUCCCCAACGUCUUUGUGAAUGAUGGGUCUAAGCUUCCUCAGAAGUUCUACUGGUGGUUCUUUGAGACAGUUCCAGGUAUGACAGGGGUUCUUCUGCUCCUGAUCCUGGCCAUCAUGUAUGUCUUCGCCUCCUACCACUUCCGACGCCGCAGUUUCCGGGGCUUCUGGCUGACCCACCAUCUCUAUGUCCUGCUUUAUGCCCUGCUCAUCAUCCAUGGCAGCUAUGCUCUGAUCCAGCUGCCCAGUUUCCACAUCUACUUCCUGGUCCCAGCAAUUAUCUAUGGGGGAGACAAGCUGGUGAGCCUGAGUCGGAAGAAAGUGGAGAUCAAUGUGGUGAAGGUGGAGCUGCUGCCUUCAGGAGUGACCCAUUUGCAGUUUGAGCGGCCCCAGGACUUUGAGUACAAGUCAGGGCAGUGGGUACGGAUUGCCUGCCUGGCUCUGGGGACCAAUGAAUACCACCCCUUCACGCUGACCUCGGCACCCCAUGAGGACACACUCAGCUUGCACAUUCGGGCUGUGGGGCCUUGGACCACUCGCCUCAGGGAGAUCUACUCACCCCUGACAGGCCAAGGCUGUGCCAGAUACCCAAAGCUGUACCUGGAUGGACCAUUUGGAGAGGGCCACCAGGAGUGGCAUAAGUUUGAGGUGUCAGUGCUUGUGGGAGGAGGCAUCGGGGUCACCCCCUUUGCCUCCAUCCUCAAAGACCUGAUCUUUAAAUCAUCCUUGGGCAACCAAAUGCUCUGUAAAAAGAUCUACUUCAUCUGGGUGACACGGACCCAACGGCAGUUCGAGUGGCUGGCUGACAUCAUCAGGGAGGUGGAGGAGAACGACUGCCAGGACCUGGUGUCUGUGCACAUCUACAUCACCCAGCUGGCUGAGAAGUUUGACCUCAGGACCACCAUGUUGUACAUCUGUGAGCGGCACUUCCAGAAGGUGCUGAACCGGAGUCUGUUCACAGGCCUGCGCUCUGUCACCCACUUUGGGCGCCCCCCCUUUGAGCCCUUCUUCAACUCCCUGCAGGAGGUCCACCCACAGGUGCGCAAGAUUGGGGUGUUUAGCUGUGGCCCUCCUGGCAUGACCAAGAAUGUAGAGAAGGCCUGCCAGCUGGUCAACAGGCAGGACCAAGCCCACUUCAUGCACCACUAUGAGAACUUCUAAGCCUGCCCUCCCUGGCUCCUGCUUCUGGUAUCCUGCCCUCCCUCUGUGGCAAUUUCUCUGGCAGAAUCCACCUCAGUCCUUACCCAGAGAUCUAGACGAAUCCCUCCCUCAUUGCCCCAUCUGUCCCAUGUUCUGAGAAGACAGAGAAGCCCCCUUGCCCCGGCACCUCCAGCUCAAGCCAUGGGAGUGUGUGAAAGCAAAGUUAGAAGGGGAUAAUCUCUGCUGUGACAACAGUAUCAUUUACCUCUGAUAGAUCCCAUUUCUCUCUUGCUUUGGUAUUUUCUUCGCCAAGUCAUUUCAAGGAAAGAGAAGGUGGGUAUGGCUCUGAGUGAGAAUCUUCCUAGAGCUCAACUCAGAAGCUGUGAUGCUUGAAAGCUUCAACUCAGUGUGGGUCUUUUCUCUACUGCCAAAGAGCAGCCCCUCCCCCACCCCUUCCCGCUCUCAGAGGGAGCCUUAGAACACCAGGGAACAAGGCGCCUCACCAACCCUGAUGUUUGCAGUGUCAGUGAUGCUGGUUGCCCUGACCCCUUGGCAGUCCCCUCUGAGCUCAUGGGAGUGAUUCCUGGGCUCUGGGACCAAGGGAGUCUAGCCUCUCUGCCAGAUAUUUAAGACUUUCUCUCAUUUCCCCACUUCCAGAGGAGUUAGUGACCAGCUGUCCCUGUUUGCCCAGGAAUCCCCCAGUUUGGUCUCUUGUCCCUGGAAAUUUCUCGGUCCCAGGCAGAGCAGUUCAGCAGGUCCCCUCACACAGGAGCCAACCUGGGAUGGUACCUCCACAUUUAUUAAGUCCUUUUCUUUUCCUUCUUCAUCUGACUCUUUCCUAAAAAAUAUUUUUAAAAUAGAGGUGUAUUUGCAUACAGUAAAAUGUACAGAUCUUAAAUUAACCAUGUAGAUGUUAUACCAGUGCCCAGGUCAAGGUAUAAAACAUUGCUAUAACCCCAGAAACUUCCCUUCUACCUACUUCCAAUCACUCCCUCUCCCAACUUCUGGAAGUAAUUAUUAAUGUGAUUUCUGUCACUUUGUUUGGGUCAUGCUGAAUGUACUCUUUUAAGACUGUUCUUUUCCACCCACCAUAAUCCCUUUGUGAUUCAUUCAUGCUGCUGUGUCAAUAGUUGUUCCUUUUGAUUGCUGUGUAGUAUUUCAUUAUAGAGAUGUACUACAGUUUAUUCAUUGUUCUAAUGAUAGACACUGAACUGU